CGAGGCCUCUCGCGAUUUCGAGCUCAAGGAUUUCAUGACCUCAAUUAAAGGGAACCGGAACCCAACGAGGCGGAGAGCGCACAACGAAGCUUCGUCGGGUAGUCCAAUUCGACCUUGUCGCGACCAUGGCGAGCUCUCGUCCGCAGCAGACCUACAUCCCGAGCAAAACCCUCGUUACCGACUAUCCCCUCAUAGACAAUGACCCACACUUCAGGCGGGUAGUGGGCUAUGCCCGCACCUCCGACUACAUCCACGGCACCGUCGCGGCCGCCGGCGGCCCGACUCUGCUCUGGCUGAUGGAGAGGUUCGCGCCCUCGCAGGUUGGCCGUGGUGGCUUUCCGCGCGCCAUGCGCCUGGUCAGCGUCAUCGGUGCCAUAGGCGGGUUUCUCUACUUCUACGAACGAUCGAGCCUGCGCUUUUACGGCAUGUCCGAGAACGCCCGUGAGGUCGAGAUGGACAUGAAGGAGAUGGUGGCCAAGGUGAAGGCGGGCGAGCCUCUCUACGGCGAGAGCCGCCUCUCGCCGCACCUCCAGGGCGUCGCCGCCCGCCAGUCCCGCUAUUCUGCCCUCUUCACCGCUGUCCUCCCUUGGUUCAACUUUGUCAACCACAGCCAGCACGGCGUCGACACCGCAAAGUAUUACCGACGUGCUGAGCAGGAGCUUGAAGCCGAGCGUAUCGCCAAGGCCGAUUCCUCGUGAGCUAAUCACCAUCUCUUUUCAUAUUCACACGUGGAGGUAGGACGAUACAGGCCAGCUAUUUGCACCCAGGGCCGGAGUGGAUGCGGCGCGAGAGAGGGCAUAAAUAAAACAAGCACCGAGUAUCAGUGCGAAAGGAAGGAGACAGAUAAGGAUGUCUCGGGUAGCUGCGUGAAAGCCGUGCGCGCACAGUUACUGACAAAGUCGGCCAGUAUAUAGCCGGGGCGCGGGGGGGGCUUGAAAAGCGAGACACGAAUACGCAAUUUUCUGGGUCCCCUGCUACUCUGUUACAGUCCUCGUGAUAUUAUUUCAA